ACCCUUGGCCGGAAAUUCAUCACUCGUAGAUCCCGCGAUGGUUGUGUUUUCAGACAGCCAUUUGAUUAGAUGUUCAGGAGUCUUAAGGCUUGGGGGUAGAAGCUGUUUAGAAGCAUCUUUGACCUAGACUUAGAGCUCCAGUACCGCUUGCCGUGCAGUAGCAGAGAGAACAAUCUAUGACAAGUGUGGCUGGAGCCUUUGACAAAUUUGAGGGCCUUCCUCUGACACCGCCUGGUAUAGAGGUCCUGCAUGGCAGGAAGCUUAACCCCAGUGAUGUACCGGGCCGUACACACUACCCUCUGUAGUGCCUUGCGGUCGGAGGCCGAGCAUUUGCCAUACCAGGCAGUGAUGCAACCAGUCAGCAUGCUCUCGAGGUUGUUGUCCUGGCACCCCACAGCCAGGUCUCUGACUUCCUCCUUAUAGGCUGUCUCGUCAUUGUCGGUGAUCAGGCCACUGUUGUGUCAUCGACAAACUUAAUGAUGGUGUUGGAGUCGUGCCUGGCCACACAGUCAUGAGUGAACAGGAAGUAUAGGAGAGGACUGAGCACGCACCCCUGAGGGGCCUCCGUGUUGAGGAUCAGCGUGACGGAUGUGUUAUUACCUACCCUUACCACCUGGGGCGGCCCGUCAGGAAGUCCAGGAUACAGUUGCAGAGGGAGGUUUAGUCCCAGGUUCCUUAGCUUAGUGAUGAGUUAUGAGGGCACAAUGGCGUUGAACGCUGAGAUGUCGUCAAUGAAUAGCAUUCUCACAUAGGUCUUCCAUUUGUCCAGGUGUGAAAGAGCAGUGUGGAGUGCAAUAGAGAUUGCAUAUGUGGAUCUGUUGGGGCAGUAUGCAAAAUGGAGUUGGUCUAGGGUUUCUGGGAUUAUGUUGUUGAUGUGAGCCGUGACUAGCUUUUCAAAGCACUUCAUGGCUACAGACUUUGUGCCUUUUACUGAGCAGGGACUUCUGUCUACUGAGCAGGGACUGCUGUCUACUGAGCAGGGACUUCUGUCUACUGAGCAGGGACUUCUGUCUGACCACUCUACGAUAAAGGUGGAGUGCUGCAGAGAUGGUUGUCCUUCUGGAAGGUUGUCCCAUCUCCACAGAAGAACUCUCGAGCUCUGCCAGAGUGACCAUCGGGUUCUUGUUCACCUCCCUGACCUAGGCCCUUCUUAGUUUGGCCGGGCGGCCAGCUCUAAGAAGAGUCUUGUUGGUUCCAAUCUUCUUACAUUUGAUUGAUGGAGGCCACUGUAUUCUUGGGGACCUUCAAUGCUGCAGACAUUUUUUGGUACCCUUCCCCAGAUACGUGCAUCGACACCACCCUGUCUCGGAGCUCUACGGCCAAUUCCUUUGUCGUCAUGGUUUGGUUUUUGCUCUGAAAUGCACUGUCAAUUGUGAGACCUUAUAUAGAGAUUUGUGUGUCUUUCCAAAUCAUGUCAAAUCAAUUGAAUUUACCACAGGUCGACUCCAAUCAAGUUGUAGAAACAUCUCAAGGAUGAUCAAAGGAAACAGGAUGCACCUGAGCUCAAUUUCGAGUCUCAUAGCAAAGGGUCUGAAUACUUAUAUAAAUAAGGUAUUUCUGUUUUUUGAUUUUAAUACAUUUGCACACAUUCCGACAAACAUGUUUUCAUCUUGUCAUUAUGGGGUACUGUGUAGAUUGAUGAGGGAAUAAAUAUUUUUAUUUUUUAAAUAAGGCUGUAUCGUUACAAAAUAUGGGAAAAGGGAAAGGAUCUCAAUACUUUCCGAAUGCACGAAAAAUAAACCCUGGAUUGUAUAUCCUACGUAUUGGCCAAUGAGGGACUUUGAAAAUACCGGUCGACCAUAUUGGCACUCCCCAGAAUACGGAGUCCGCCAUAGGAAUGAAUGGAAUUAUACAGUAUUUCAGUUAAACGUGUCAAGGACAAAAUUACAUGCAUAAGUAUUUGUUGUUGUAGUGGGGAUAGUAACAUUAAUACUUUCAAAAAUCAUACUUUAAAUACAUUAAUAUAUAUAUAAGUAUGUAUGUAUGUUUAACUCACAUAAUAUAUAUUUAAAGUAUGUAUGAAGGUGUCUGUAAUAGAAUAAACGUGGGAAAUAAUAGUUUAGACAUGAAUAAUUGCAUUUGUAUAGCUUCCAAAAUUAUUUUGUUUUUACUGUGUUGGGUGCGUGCCAGGACGUAGGGGCGGUGGCAUCAAAACAGUGCCCUCAUUAGUCAUCUAGUGUAAUUAUAGAGAACCGGAUUGAUCGAUUACCUUUUUUUAUAAGCAAAGUUUGAUUGAAAGAAGGUUCGUUGUCGUUGCAAGUAAUUCGUUCACUUUUCGAAUUUUUCUAAACGGUUAGCUCGCUAGAUACAUUUGAUUUAGAUAGCUAAUGUAUUGACAGUUGGGUUUACUCGGUGACUACUUGUUAACAAGCUAGCUAAUGCAGCAACUGGUGGUGCAGGGACUGAACAGUAGUAUUGUCGUUGCAGCUGGAUAGCACAGCAGAAUGGAACUUUGUUCUCUUUCUACAAGAUUUUAUCAAGCAAGAGCACAAUCCAUGGCGCACAUUAGGUUGACAGCUACGCUUGGUCUUGCUGUGUGCGUGGAGUGCCUAUGGCGGAGUUUGGAGAGAACGACGGCUCAUCUCCAUCGAAUACUGGGGAUUCGGUGGCUUUGCCCUGUGAUCAAACAGACGGGAAGACGCAGUGCGAAGUAUCGGUCUUUAAUGGGGACUGUGGGAUACCGGCAAACACGGUUGGAUCAGAUGCGUUACCUGACAGCCCAGGGCUUGAAACUGCCAACAACUCCUCUGUCGGAUUGGAUUCCAAAUCUGGAAUACCACGCAGGAGCAGCAUUAUAAAGGAUGGCUCGAGGCUGCGCAAAGAGAGGAAGAAGACGGUAUCGUUCAGCAGCAUGCCCACUGAGAAGAAGAUCAGCAGUGCGAGUGACUGCAUCAACGCCAUGGUGGACGGCUCGGAACUGAAGAAGGUCCGCUCCAACUCCCGCGUUUACCACCGCUACUUCCUCCUGGACGCCGACAUGCAGUCUCUGAGGUGGGAACCCUCCAAAAAAGAGUCAGAGAAAGCCAAAAUUGAUGUCAAGUCCAUCAAAGAGGUGCGGACAGGGAAAAACACAGAAACGUUUAGGACCAACGGAAUAUAUGAUCAGAUAUCAGAGGACUGUGCCUUCUCAAUCAUCUAUGGGGAGAACUAUGAGUCUUUGGACUUGGUUGCAAACUCUGCCGAUAUGGCCAACAUAUGGGUGACCGGGCUUAGAUACCUGAUAUCCUAUGGGAAACACACACUGAAUAUGAUUGAGAGCAACCAGAACAACAUGCGCUCCUCCUGGCUCGGGGACCUCUUUGAGGAGGCUGAUGCCAACAACAGCAAGCACAUCAAUCUAUGUGCUGCCGUGCAGCUAAUUAAAAACCUAAAUCCUGGACUCAAACACAUUAAGAUUGAACUCAAGUUCAAGGAGUUUCACAAAUCUAAAGAUAAGGUGGGAUGUGGUGUGACUAAGGAGGAGUUCAUUGAAGUCUUUCAUGACCUUUGCACAAGACCAGAAAUGUAUUUCCUUCUUGUCCAGUUCUCUAGCAACAAGGAAUUUCUAGAUACCAAGGACUUAACUAUGUUUCUGGAGGCUGAGCAGGGUAUGGCACAAGUAAGUGAAGACACCAGUCUGGAGGUCAUUCAGAGUUAUGAACCUUCCAAAGAAGGGCAGCUCAAGGGCUGGCUCUCCCUUGAUGGGUUUACCAAUUAUCUCAUGUCGCCAGAGUGCCACAUAUUUGACCCGGAACAAAAAACAGUGUGUCAGGACAUGAACCAGCCCUUGUCCCACUAUUACAUCAACGCUUCCCACAACACAUACCUGAUCGAGGAUCAGUUUAGAGGCCCCUCUGACAUUACAGGGUACAUCCGUGCCCUCAAGAUGGGCUGUCGAAGUGUAGAACUAGAUGUCUGGGAUGGACCAGAUAAUGAGCCUGUCAUUUACACUGGCCACACAAUGACCUCGCAGAUAGUCUUCUGCAGUGUCUGUGACGUCAUCAACAAAUAUGCCUUUGUUGCAUCUGACUUUCCCCUGAUAUUGUGUCUGGAGAACCACUGCUCCUUAAAGCAGCAGAGGGUCAUGUUUCAGCAAUUGAAAAAGAUUCUUGGUGACAAGAUUUACAUGGUUCCACCUUCACCUGAAGACAGCUACCUGCCCUCACCCUUUGACCUCAAGUGUAAGAUCCUGCUGAAGGGGAAGAAGCUGGGCACAACCUGCAUUAGCUCGGAGGGUGAAGUGACUGAUGAGGAUGAGGGGGCUGAGAUGUCACAAAGAAUGAACAUUGAAGCCGACGAACAGCAGAGCAUCCCACUGAAAAAGUUCCAGCUGUCCAAGGACCUCUCUGACCUGGUAACGUUGUGUAAAUCGAUUGCGUUCAAAGACUUCCCAACAGCUUUCCAAAGCCAGAAGCACUGGGAACUUUGCUCGUUCAAUGAGGUCUUUGCCAGUCGCUGUGCCAAUGACUUUCCAGGGGACUUUGUUAACUACAACAAGAAGUUAUUGGCGAGAGUCUACCCCAGCCCAAUGCGGAUCGACUCUAGUAACAUGAACCCUCAGGAUUUCUGGAAGUGUGGUUGCCAGAUCGUGGCAAUGAACUACCAGACCCCCGGCCUGAUGAUGGACCUAAACAUUGGCUGGUUCCGUCAGAAUGGGAACUGUGGGUAUGUGCUGCGACCAGCCAUAAUGAGGGAGCAGGUGUCAUAUUUCAGUGCCAACACUAAAGACUCAGUACCUGGUGUGUCUCCUCAGCUCUUGCACAUAAAGAUCAUAAGUGGACAAAACUUCCCCAAACCCAAAGGCUCAGGCUCCAAAGGAGAUGUUGUUGACCCUUAUGUCUAUGUGGAGAUACAUGGCAUCCCUGCUGAUUGUGCAGAGCAAAGGACUAAAACUGUCAAUCAGAAUGGGGAGAACCCACUGUUUGAUGAAAGCUUUGAGUUUCAGAUAAACCUACCUGAGUUGGCCAUGGUGCGCUUCGUGGUGCUUGAUGAUGACUACAUUGGCGACGAGUUCAUCGGUCAGUACACAAUCCCCUUCGAGUGUCUCCAGCCGGGAUUCCGGCACAUACCGUUACAAUCGCUAACGGGGGAAGUCCUUCCCCACGCCUGGCUAUUCGUCCAUGUGGCCAUCACCAACCGAAGGGGCGGGGGCAAGCCUCACAAGAGGGGACUCUCUGUGCGUAAGGGCAAGAGAAGUCGGGAGUACGCCACCAUGAGAGUGCUGGUCAUCAAGGCUGUGGACGACAUCUUCAAGACAGCCAUACUGCCACUGAGGGAAGCCACCGACCUCAGAGAAAACAUGCAGAAUGCCAUAGUGCCCUUCAAGGAACUGUGUGGCCUCUCGGCAGUGGCCAACCUGAAGCAGUGCAUCCUGGCCCUGUCCUCCCGGCUGACGGGGGCUGACAACAACCCCCUCCUAGUGUUCAACCUCAAGGACCAGUACCCCACCAUGGAGCCCCAGGGCCUGCUACCAGAUGUCCUGAAGAAGGUGGUCACUGCCUAUGACAUGAUGAUCCAGACCAGCAAGACUCUGCUGGAGAACUCCGAGGGAGCCUACGACCGAAUACUACUAACCCAGAAAGCAGCGAUGGAGUUCCAUGAGAACCUCCAUGACAUGGCGGUGAAGGAGGGCCUGAAGGGCAGGACGCUGGCCAAGGCUGUGGAGAGCUUCACCUGGAACAUAACCAUCCUCAAGGGCCAGGCGGACCUGCUGAAGCACGCAAAGAGUGAAGUCCAGGAGAACCUGAAGCAGAUCCACUACGCCGCCCUCACCUGUAAACUCAGUAAGGACGGGCCAUCAGGGAGCACGGCAGGCUCCGAGUCCAGGACCCGACCACGCAGCCUGGACGCCAUCCCCGAGAAAGCCACGGGGGAGGACGAGCUCUCUGAGGAGGACAACUGAAGGCUUACGCCCUAAACCCUUCAUACCUUCAAGCCCCUUGCCCUACCCUAGUGGCACUCAUACCCCCAAGCACCUUUCCCUACCCUAGUGGCACUCAUACCCCCAAGCACCUUUCCCUACUCUAGUGGCACUCAAACCCCAAAGCACCUUUCCCUACCCUAGUGGCACUCAUACCCCCAAGCACCUUUCCCUACCCUAGUGGCACUCAUACCCCCAAGCACCUUUCCCUACCCUAGUGGCACUUAUACCCCCAAGCCCCUUGCCCUACCCUAGUGGAACUCAUGCCCCCAAGCACCUUUCCCUACCCUAGUGGCACUCAUACCCCCAAGCACCUUUCCCUACCCUAGUGGCAUACAUAAAUCUCCUUACCGCAGUCUCACACAAACCUGACUACAGUAUACCUGUUCUAGUGCCGUUGCCACACAACUAUUCUUAUUCCAGCGCCGUAUACAACCAUUCCAUUCCCACCCCAGUCCCACUCAAACCUCCCUUUGCUUAACCCGGUACCACACAAAAAGCCCUUAACCCUUCCUGCCCACCUCAACGUCCAACAGCAAGAUGUUGCGGGUCAACUAGGAGGGCCACGUGAACUUGCAGCCACGGGACAGUCUUAAAGUAGUGACCUACUUGUAGAGACAGUGCACUUAUUUACAGGCAGACCCCAGGGUCUGACCUUAGGAGAGCCGCUCUGAACGGUUCAAGGAUUUCUUAAGCACAAUUUACGGGUUUCUGACCAACCAGAAACUAGAGCUGUGAAUGUAAUAGGAAACAGGAAGAGGAACAAUGGCGAGAAGAAAAGGGAGGAGAGCGCUGUUUACAAUAAUGAACUUGUUCAUGUUUUUGUCUGCCAAAAUAGUAUGUGUAUAUAUGGAGUUCUGUUACUUUUUUCCCAACGUGCUUCAUUUUAUUAUUGUAUUCUUGAGAAAUAAGAUUUAUUUUGUAAAGGAAAUGGCUCGUCCAUGAAAAAUAACUAUUUUAUUUGUCUGUGCAGAUGUGAAAUGGAGGUGUCCUUGACACUUUCCCACUGUUCCUUUGUCGAGACCGAGGGACGGAUAGAGACUUUAAACCUCAGUGUGUGGUCCAAAGGGUGGCAGUCGAGUCUCAAGCACAACUAGCAACUGCUUUGGGAAGGAACCAUGGAGAGAGUAACGCGUUAGGCCUACGUUUUGGUGUCAUUUCACCAUUCCAUGUGAGAGGGUUGAGUGGGAUGUACAAAGUAAUAAUAGCUUCUCAACCAGUCCUGGUAACAAACUAGCACCCUAUUCAUGAAUACGUUUUCAUGUACGACUGUGCCUCAUUGCUACAAAUCAGUCAACAAAGGGCAUGGAUGGUGAGGAAAGAGACGCUCUUCCUCACAUCCAUCUUAACCUGCUUUUCCCCACCAGUUGCUUCUAGUUUUGUAUUUGUCCCCCUGUUCAUUCUCUCCACAGUGCUGAAACAGUGUUGCUCCUAGUCAACUUUAGCCACCCACCACUACCUCUGGAUCUCACCACCAGUGUUUUAACUGGACCCACACUGGGACAAAAAGUCAUUAAUGAACUUCAGUGUCGUGACAGUUGUAUUUAUAACUGUUGUUUACCAUUUUUACAGAUGGUUGAACUGAAUACCGGUUUUGCUCUUAUCUGUUAAUUCCCAAAACCUUCAGAAUAAACUACGUCAAAUCGUU